CUCUCAUUCGCGUUUCAGCCGCUGCGUCGUAAGCUCUACCACACGGAGUGGCGCUCAGGAACGGAGAGUUACGAAACCGAACGCUCCCAGGCACAAACAGACAUACACACACCUACCCGUGAUGGGAAGUCUUGAAUUUGUGUAUCGCGCUGCCUGAUAAGCUGCUCCGUAAGCGACUGUGUGUUUUUUUUUUUUCGGGGAGGAAGCUCACUUGCCAAGUCUAAGGCAGUGCCGACCCGAUUCCAGUGGCAAAACAAUGGUCGUAACUGGCGCGUAAUUAACACACAAAAAGCACUGAAUACAACUUGGUAAAAAAGUUAAGAAAAAAUCCAAAAGUGAAGCGAAGCGAAUUUGUUUGGCAAAAGUGUUUUCAUGUGCGCGACAUUUUCGAGAGGCGGUACGGCAGUAAGAGCAGCUAGAGCAGCCAGAGCCCGCAGAUACAUCCAAACCGUGAGAUACUCGUACUCGUACUCGACGAACUAAAUGCGUGAGUGAGGCGGAAAUGGCUUAGGGCCGUUCGAAAUUUGCAAACAAACCGCGCACAAUCACCGGUGACAGCAGCAACAUGGCAGGUGAAGUACCCGCAACAGCAACACCAUCGCCAGUGGCACGCAACAUCAACAACAACGAUAACAACAACAACAGCGAUAGCAGCCAUAGCAGCAAGGAGAGUAGUCCUGUCCAGCAACAGCUAAACAGUAGUGUGGAUAGCGGGAUUGCGGUGCUGGAGGCAGAGACCCCGACCUUGAGGAGGCGGCAACGGCUGCAACAGUGCCAACGCAUCCUCCAGGUGUUGCAGCGGGACCGCCUCACCCAUCAGCAGCUGCGCGAUAGAUUAAGUAAACUAGCCAAUAAGAAGUGGACGAAGGAGGAGACCCGCGAGGAUCAAAACUGCAAUGUCUGCUGUGCAGACUUGGAUCUGAGCAGUGCCAAAAAUUAUGUGACAUGCUGCACCUGCGGAAAAUCUGUUUGCCGCGGACUCAAGUGCGCCGACUGGCGGCCCAAGGACGCCAAAUGGGAGUGCCAACUGUGCCAGAACUCCAAGGAGUCCCUGGCCCACACCUCCUCCUGGGUGGCGGAACAGAUGUCCUUCAACCAGCACAAGUUUGUCUAUCCCAUGAGGGCCCGCAGUGAGGUCUACAUACCAAUUGCAGGAGAUGGCAACGAUAGUAGCAUGCAAUUUGAGAGUGUUAGCCAGGUAGGACAGGCUAACAAUUUGGAUGAAAGGGCCAAGAUACGGGAAUACGUUGAGCAGAUCGUGGCCGAAAUGCUGGGCGGCAACCUGGAUCAGAUCAAAGUGGGGCAGCUGUCUAAAAGCGAGAACUACUUGCAACUCUUCGAUAAGUUCCAUGCGAAGCUGAGUAACCUGCUUAUCAAUUUGGAGAACGGUUUGUGUGCGCGCGCGCUCAAAGGGGAUCUGCCAGCCAUAGUGAAUGGCUAUAACAACAGUAGUAAUGGCAAUACCACCAACAAUAAUAACAACAACAACGAGCUGGCCGACAUCUCGCAGACCCGGCUAAGAAGUCUCAUCGAGACGAUUAUAGCGGAGACCCUGCGAAGUUCGUCCCUGAGUGCCAGCGGAGCCGUCUCGGAGAUUAGUUUGGACACCAGAUCCCACGUCUCGGAGCUGGCCAAUGGAAAUGGCCUAAAGCGGCGCCACCGCACUGAGCACUACUUUGAGCCAAAGAUCUACCAGGAUCUGCUGGCCACGGCGGUGCUAAAUAAGAUUGCGGAUAAGGAAGGGAAUACAAGGCUACUGGCGGAAAGCACGCCGGACUUGAGUGGUCACCACAUUGACGAGAAUUUCAAUGCCGAAGCGUUGAGCACCACGUCCGGUAGUUCCAUAGAGCCACGAAGUGAUAGCAGCCUAACCGAUCAUGAGAUUGUCUUGGAUAAUGGCAAAUCCCAAUCCCUGCAGGCGGAAUUGGAAAGGGAAUCGGUACUUAGUGAUUAUAUAGCCGCUCACAUGGUGCCACUUCCUGAUUUCUCAGCCUCUGUCACGGAAUCCGAGGAUGAUGUUGGAUCCAUCUCCUCGAGCAUGAUUGCUGAUGGAACCUGGGAAGACAAUUGGUUAUUUAAAAAGAAACGCAGCUCAGCCACUCCCAGCAGCAUUGGAAUGCUGGUGCCCGCGCCCAAGGAGAAUGUUCGGGCUCAGAUUGGCGACAAGACCGCCGACGAGGUCAGUGAUCUGUCGGAGAUGGGUUCGGAUGCCGAGGACAGUUCACUGGACUUGAUGCGCUGCAACGAGCUAAACGAUCGUCUUCUGAGCAAACACCUCAUCGGUGGCCAGAAUACGAAGCUCGUCCUGGACGAACUUGUCGAUCGCACCAGUCUCAUCUCCCACACAUUGCCGGAGGAGCACGAACCCGCAUUUACAGAGACCACUAAUGUUCUUCUGGUGGAAACCACGGGAGUGGCGCCACCGGUGUCGCCUCCACCUCCUCCUCCCAUGGUAUUCCAGGACGAUUCCGUGACAGAGGAGCCUGUUCCAGCUCCCAUUGCAGCCCAAGCCGACUCCGAGGAGCCAGCCAGCCUCGACGGCUGCACCGGCUUCAGCACGAUCGAGUACAUAGACGAGGAACAGAUGCACGAGUCUGUGCCCUCGGUGAUAGAGAUUCUGGCUGCCAUGGCCUUGGGACCAAUGCUGGCAGUUCCGGCCUCGGAACAGCCCGGCGCCAUGACCCCCAGCGAAAUGCAUACGCUCAAGGAGCUCAGCGACUUGGCCCUCGCCGAGAUUAACGCUCGCACAAUGGAGCUGGCACACCACUCCCUGGAUAUUAUCGAGGAGGAGAACACCGAACCAGUAGAAACAGAUGUCACUAAUCAUAUUUUAGAGCCUUCUGCACAAAUUUCUGCGAAAGAUACUGAAAACCUUGGAAAUGAUAAUCCUAUGAUAACAAAAAAUGAUGAUGAAAAAGAUCCUUCUCCCGAAUCUACCGCAGAAACUUCCACAUCUCCUCUUACUAAGAAUAAUCCUGCUCCAGAAUCUACAGAAAUAGCAGCUGAAACACCUACUGCGACAAAUCCUGCAGAACUAGCUGUGACUACAUCUGUUCCUGAAUUCAUAAAAGUUGAAGCUGCAGCACCAGCAGAAACAAUCCCAGCUCCUGUGGAAGCUCCAGUGGAUAAUCCUGUUCCAGAAAUCGCUGCAGUAGAAACUACAGCACCGGCGGAAACAAUCCUAGCUCCUGUAGAAGCUCCAGUGGAUAAUCCUGUUCCAGAAAUCGCUGCAGUAGAAACAACCCCAGCUCCUGUGGAAGCUGCAGUGGAUAGUCCUGUUCCAGAAAUCGCCGCAGUAGAAGCUGCAGCACCGCCGGAAACAAUCCCAGCUCCUGUGGAACCACCAGUGGAUAAUCCUGUUCCAGAAAUCGCUGCAGUAGAAACUACAGCACCGGCGGAAACAAUCCCAGCUCCUGUGGCAGCUCCAGUAGAUAAUCCUGUUCCAGAAAUCGCUGCAGUAGGAGCUGCAGCACCGCCGGAAACAGUCCCAGCUCCUGUGGAAGCUCCAGUGGAUAGUCCUGUUCCAGAAAUCGCUGCAGUAGAAGCUGCAGCACCGCCGGAAACAAUCCCAGUUCCUGUGGAACCACCAGUGGAUAAUCCUGUUCCAGAAAUCGCUGCAGUAGAAACAAUCCCAGCUCCUGUGGAAGCUCCAGUGGAUAGUCCUGUUCCAGAAAUCGCUGCAGUAGAAGCUGCAGCACCAACAGAAACAAUCCCAGCUCCAGUGGAAGCUCCAUUGGAUAAUCCUGUUCCAGAAAUCGCUGCAGUAGAAGCUGCAGCACCAACAGAAACAAUUCCAGCUCCAGUGGAUAAUCCUGUUCCAGAAAUCGCUGCAGUAGAAGCUGCAGCUCUGCCGGAAACAGUCCCAGCUCCUGUGGAAGCUCUAGUGGAUAGUCCUGUUCCAGAAAUCGCUGCAGUAGAAGCUGCAGCACCAGCAGAAACAAUCACAGCUCCAGUGGAAGCUCCAGUGGAUAGUCCUGUUCCAGAAAUCGCUGCAGUUAAAACUACAGCACCAGCGGAAACAAUCCCAGCUCCUGUGGAAGCUCCAAUGGAUAAUCCUGUUCCAGAAAUCGCUGCAGUAGAAACAAUCCCAGCUCCUGUGGAAGCUCCAGUGGAUAGUCCUGUUCCAGAAAUCGCUGCAGUAGAAGCUGCAGCACCAACAGAAACAAUCCCAGCUCCUGUGGAAGCACCAGUGGAUAAUCCUGUUCCAGAAAUCGCUGCAGUAGAAACUACAGCACCGGCGGAAACAAUCCCAGCUCCUGUGGCAGCUCCAGUAGAUAAUCCUGUUCCAGAAAUCGCUGCAGUAGGAGCUGCAGCACCGCCGGAAACAGUCCCAGCUCCUGUGGAAGCUCCAGUGGAUAGUCCUGUUCCAGAAAUCGCUGCAGUAGAAGCUGCAGCACCGCCGGAAACAAUCCCAGUUCCUGUGGAACCACCAGUGGAUAAUCCUGUUCCAGAAAUCGCUGCAGUAGAAACAAUCCCAGCUCCUGUGGAAGCUCCAGUGGAUAGUCCUGUUCCAGAAAUCGCUGCAGUAGAAGCUGCAGCACCAACAGAAACAAUCCCAGCUCCAGUGGAAGCUCCAUUGGAUAAUCCUGUUCCAGAAAUCGCUGCAGUAGAAGCUGCAGCACCAACAGAAACAAUUCCAGCUCCAGUGGAUAAUCCUGUUCCAGAAAUCGCUGCAGUAGAAACUACAGCACCGGCGGAAACAAUCCCAUCUCCAGUGGAUAAUCCUGUUCCAGAAAUCGCUGCAGUAGAAGCUGCAGCACCAACAGAAACAAUCCCAGCUCCAGUGGAUAAUCCUGUUCCAGAAAUCGCUGCAGUAGAAACUACAGCACCGCCGGAAACAAUCCCAGCUCCUGUGGAAGCUCCAGAUGAUAGUCCUGUUCCAGAAAUCGCUGCAGUAGAAACUACAGCACCAGCGGAAACAAUCCCAGCUCCUGUGGAAGCUCCAAUGGAUAAUCCUGUUCCAGAAAUCGCUGCAGUAGAAACAAUCCCAGCUCCUGUGGAAGCUCCAGUGGAUAGUCCUGUUCCAGAAAUCGCUGCAGUAGCAGCUGCAGCACCAACAGAAACAAUCCCAGCUCCAGUGGAUAAUACUGUUCCAGAAAUCGCUGCAGUAGAAACUACAGCACCGGCUGAAACAAUCCCAGCUCCUGUGGAAGCUCCAUUGGAUAAUCCUGUUCCAGAAAUCGCUGCAGUAGAAGCUGCAGCACCAACAGAAACAAUCCCAGCUCCAGUGGAUAAUCCUGUUCCAGAAAUCGCUGCAGUAGAAAUUACAGCACCGGCUGAAACAAUCCCAGCUCCUGUGGAAGCUCCAGUGGAUAGUCCUGUUCCAGAAAUCGCUGCAGUAGAAGCUGCAGUACCAGCAGAAACAAUCUCAGCUCCUGUGGAACCACCAGUGGAUAAUCCUGUUCCAGAAAUCGCUGCAGUAGAAGCUGCAGCACCGCCGGAAGCAAUCCCAGCUCCUGUGGAACCACCAGUGGAUAAUCCUGUUCCAGAAAUCGCUGCAGUAGAAGCUGCAGCACCAGCAGAAACAAUCCCAGCUCCAGUGGAAGCUCCACUGGAUAAUCCUGUUCCAGAAAUCGCUGCAGUAGAAGCUGCAGCACCGCCGGAAACAAUCCCAGCUCCUGUGGAACCACCAGUGGAUAAUCCUGUUCCAGAAAUCGCUGCAGUAGAAGCUGCAGCACCGCCGGAAACAAUCCCAGCUCCUGUGGAACCACCAGUGGAUAAUCCUGUUCCAGAAAUCGCUGCAGUAGAAGCUGCAGCACCAGCAGAAACAAUCCCAGCUCCAGUGGAAGCUCCAUUGGAUAAUCCUGUUCCAGAAAUCGCUGCAGUAGAAACAAUCCCAGCUCCAGUGGAAGCUCCAUUGGAUAAUCCUGUUCCAGAAAUCGCUGCAGUAGAAGCUGCAGCACCAACAGAAACAAUCCCAGCUCCAGUGGAUAAUCCUGUUCCAGAAAUCGCUGCAGUAGAAACUACAGCACCGCCGGAAACAAUCCCAGCUCCUGUGGAAGCUCCAGAUGAUAGUCCUGUUCCAGAAAUCGCUGCAGUAGAAACUACAGCACCAGCGGAAACAAUCCCAGCACCUGUGGAAGCUCCAAUGGAUAAUCCUGUUCCAGAAAUCGCUGCAGUAGAAACAAUCCCAGCUCCUGUGGAAGCUCCAGUGGAUAGUCCUGUUCCAGAAAUCGCUGCAGUAGAAGCUGCAGCACCAACAGAAACAAUCCCACCUCCAGUGGAUAAUCCUGUUCCAGAAAUCGCUGCAGUAGAAACUACAGCACCGGCUGAAACAAUCCCGGCUCCUGUGGAAGCUCCAGUGAAUAGUCCUGUUCCAGAAAUCGCUGCAGUAGAAACUACAGCACCGACUGAAACAAUCCCAGCUCCUGUGGAACCACCAGUGGAUAAUCCUGUUCCAGAAAUCGCUGCAGUAGAAGCUGCAGCACCGCCGGAAACAAUCCCAGCUCCUGUGGAAGCUCCAGUGGAUAAUCCUGUUCCAGAAAUCGCUGCAGUAGAAGCUGCAGCACCGCCGGAAACAAUCCCAGCUCCUGUGGAAGCUCCAGUGGAUAAUCCUGUUCCAGAAGUCGCUGCAGUAGAAACAAUCCCAGCUCCUGUGGAAGCUCCAGUGGAAUAUACUGUUCCAGAUCUCGCCGCAGUAGAAGCUGCAGCACCGCCGGAAACAAUCCCAGCUCCUGUGGAAGCUCCAGUGAAUAGUCCUGUUCCAGAAAUCGGUGCAGUAGAAACAAUCCCAGCUCCUGUGGAAGCUCCAGUGGAUAAUCCUGUUCCAGAAGUAGCUGCAGUAGAAGCUGCAGCACCAGCAGAAACAAUCCCAGCUUCAGUGGAAGCUCCAGUGGAUAAUCCUGUUCCAAAAAUCGCUGCAGUAGAAACAAUCCCAGCUCCAGUGGAAGCUCCAGUGGAUAAUCCUGUUCCAGAAAUCGCUGCAGUAGAAAUUACAGCACCGGCGGAAACAAUUCCAGCUCCUGUGGAAGCUCCAGUGGAUAGUCCUGUUCCAGAAAUCGCUGCAGUAGAAACAAUCCCAGCUCCUGUGGAAGCUCCAGUGGAUAAUCCUGUUCCAGAAGUAUCUGCAGUAGAAGCUGCAGCACCAGCAGAAACGAUCCCAGCUCCUGUGGAAGCACCAGUGGAUAAUCCUGUUCCAGAAAUCGCUGCAGUAGAAGCUGCAGCACCGCCGGAAACAAUCCCAGUUCCUGUGGAACCACCAGUGGAUAAUCCUGUUCCAGAAAUCGCUGCAGUAGAAGCUGCAGCACCGCCGGAAACAAUCCCAGCUCCUGUGGAAGCACCAGUGGAUAAUCCUGUUCCAGAAAUCGCUGCAGUAGAAGCUGCAGCACCAGCAGAAACAAUCCCAGCUCCUGUGGAAGCUCCAGUGGAUAGUCCUGUUCCAGAAAUCGCUGCAGUAGAAGCUGCAGCACCAGCAGAAACAAUCCCAGCUCCUGUGGAAGCUCCAGUGGAUAGUCCUGUUCCAGAAAUCGCUGCAGUAGAAACAAUCCCAGCUCCUGUGGAAGCUCCAGUGGAUAGUCCUGUUCCAGAAAUCGCUGCAGUAGAAACAAUCCCAGUUCCUGUGGAACCACCAGUGGAUAAUCCUGUUCCAGAAAUCGCUGCAGUAGAAGCUGCAGCACCGCCGGAAACAAUCCCAGCUCCUGUGGAAGCACCAGUGGAUAAUCCUGUUCCAGAAAUCGCUGCAGUAGGAGCUGCAGCACCAGCAGAAACAAUCCCAGCUCCAGUGGAAGCUCCAUUGGAUAAUCCUGUUCCAGAAAUCGCUGCAGUAGGAGCUGCAGCACCAGCAGAAACAAUCCCAGCUCCAGUGGAAGCUCCAUUGGAUAAUCCUGUUCCAGAAAUCGCUACAGUAGAAACAAUCCCAGCUCCUGUGGAACCACCAGUGGAUAAUCCUGUUCCAGAAAUCGCUGCAGUAGAAGCUGCAGCACCAGCAGAAACAAUCCCAGCUCCAGUGGAAGCUCCAGUGGAUAGUCCUGUUCCAGAAAUCGCUGCAGUAGAAGCUGCAGCACCAGCAGAAACAAUCCCAGCUCCUGUGGAAGCUCCAGUGGAUAGUCCUGUUCCAGAAAUCGCUGCAGUAGAAACAAUCCUAGCUCCUGUGGAAGCUCCAGUGGAUAAUCCUGUUCCAGAAAUCGCUGCAGUAGAAACUACAGCACCGCCGGAAACAAUCCCUGCUCCUGUUGAACCACCAGUGGAUAAUCCUGUUCCAGAAAUCGCUGCAGUAGAAACAAUCCCAGCUCCUGUGAAAGCUCCAGUGGAUAAUCCUGUUCCAGAAAUCGCUUCAGUAGAAACUACAGCACCGGCGGAAACAAUCCCAGCUCCUGUGGAAGCUCCAGUGGAUAAUCCUGUUCCAGAAAUCGCUGCAGUAGAAGCUGCAGCACCGCCGGAAACAAUCCCAGUUCCUGUGGAACCACCAGUGGAUAAUCCUGUUCCAGAAAUCGCUGCAGUAGAAGCUGCAGCACCGCCGGAAACAAUCCCAGCUCCUGUGGAAGCACCAGUGGAUAAUCCUGUUCCAGAAAUCGCUGCAGUAGAAGCUGCAGCACCAGCAGAAACAAUCCCAGCUCCUGUGGAAGCUCCAGUGGAUAGUCCUGUUCCAGAAAUCGCUGCAGUAGGAGCUGCAGCACCAGCAGAAACAAUCCCAGCUCCAGUGGAAGCUCCAUUGGAUAAUCCUGUUCCAGAAAUCGCUGCAGUAGGAGCUGCAGCACCAGCAGAAACAAUCCCAGCUCCAGUGGAAGCUCCAUUGGAUAAUCCUGUUCCAGAAAUCGCUACAGUAGAAACAAUCCCAGCUCCUGUGGAACCACCAGUGGAUAAUCCUGUUCCAGAAAUCGCUGCAGUAGAAGCUGCAGCACCAGCAGAAACAAUCCCAGCUCCAGUGGAAGCUCCAGUGGAUAGUCCUGUUCCAGAAAUCGCUGCAGUAGAAGCUGCAGCACCAGCAGAAACAAUCCCAGCUCCUGUGGAAGCUCCAGUGGAUAGUCCUGUUCCAGAAAUCGCUGCAGUAGAAACAAUCCCAGCUCCUGUGGAAGCUCCAGUGGAUAAUCCUGUUCCAGAAAUCGCUGCAGUAGAAACUACAGCACCGCCGGAAACAAUCCCUGCUCCUGUUGAACCACCAGUGGAUAAUCCUGUUCCAGAAAUCGCUGCAGUAGAAACAAUCCCAGCUCCUGUGAAAGCUCCAGUGGAUAAUCCUGUUCCAGAAAUCGCUUCAGUAGAAACUACAGCACCGGCGGAAACAAUCCCAGCUCCUGUGGAAGCUCCAGUGGAUAAUCCUGUUCCAGAAAUCGCUGCAGUAGAAGCUGGAGCACCGCCGAAAACAAUCCCAGCUCCUGUGGAAGCUCCAGUGGAUAGUCCUGUUCCAGAAAUCGCUGCAGUAGAAACAAUCCCAGCUCCUGUGGAACCACCAGUGGAUAAUCCUGUUCCAGAAAUCGCUGCAGUAGAAGCUGCAGCACCAGCAGAAACAAUCCCAGCUCCAGUGGAAGCUCCAGUGGAUAGUCCUGUUCCAGAAAUCGCUGCAGUAGAAGCUGCAGCACCAGCAGAAACAAUCCCAGCUCCUGUGGAAGCUCCAGUGGAUAGUUCUGUUCCAGAAAUCGCUGCAGUAGAAACAAUCCCAGCUCCUGUGGAAGCUCCAGUGGAUAAUCCUGUUCCAGAAGUAGCUGCAGUAGAAGCUGCAGCACCGGCGGAAACAAUCCCAGCUCCUGUGGAAGCUCCAGUGGAUAAUCCUGUUCCAGAAAUCGCUGCAGUAGAAACUACAGCACCGCCGGAAACAAUCCCAGCUCCUGUUGAACCACCAGUGGAUAAUCCUGUUCCAAAAAUCGCUGCAGUAGAAACAAUCCCAGCUCCUGUGGAAGCUCCAGUGGAUAAUCCUGUUCCAGAAAUCGCUUCAGUAGAAACUACAGCACCGGCGGAAACAAUCCCAGCUCCUGUGGAAGCUCCAGUGGAUAAUCCUGUUCCAGAAAUCGCUGCAGUAGAAGCUGGAGCACCGCCGAAAACAAUCCCAGCUCCUGUGGAAGCUCCAGUGGAUAGUCCUGUUCCAGAAAUCGCUGCAGUAGAAACAAUCCCAGCUCCUGUGGAACCACCAGUGGAUAAUCCUGUUCCAGAAAUCGCUGCAGUAGAAGCUGCAGCACCAGCAGAAACAAUCCCAGCUCCAGUGGAAGCUCCAGUGGAUAGUCCUGUUCCAGAAAUCGCUGCAGUAGAAGCUGCAGCACCAGCAGAAACAAUCCCAGCUCCUGUGGAAGCUCCAGUGGAUAGUCCUGUUCCAGAAAUCGCUGCAGUAGAAACAAUCCCAGCUCCUGUGGAAGCUCCAGUGGAUAAUCCUGUUCCAGAAGUAGCUGCAGUAGAAGCUGCAGCACCGGCGGAAACAAUCCCAGCUCCUGUGGAAGCUCCAGUGGAUAAUCCUGUUCCAGAAAUCGCUGCAGUAGAAACUACAGCACCGCCGGAAACAAUCCCAGCUCCUGUUGAACCACCAGUGGAUAAUCCUGUUCCAGAAAUCGCUGCAGUAGAAACAAUCCCAGCUCCUGUGGAAGCUCCAGUGGAUAAUCCUGUUCCAGAAAUCGCUUCAGUAGAAACUACAGCACCGGCGGAAACAAUCCCAGCUCCUGUGGAAGCUCCAGUGGAUAAUCCUGUUCCAGAAAUCGCUGCAGUAGAAGCUGCAGCACCGCCGGAAACAAUCCCAGCUCCUGUGGAAGCUCCAGUGGAUAGUCCUGUUCCAGAAAUCGCUGCAGUAGAAGCUCCAGCACCGGCGGAAACAAUCCUAGCUCCUGUGGAACCACCAGGGGAUAAUCCUGUUCCACAAAUCGCUGCAGUAGAAGGUCCAGCACCAGCGGAAACAAUUCCAAAGCCUGUGGAGGCACCCGCGGAACCAAUCUCAUCUCCUGUGGAAGCACCAGUGGAUAUUCCAGUUCCAGAAAUCGCUGCACAAGAAUCCGUCGCACCAGCGGAAACGAUCCCAACUCCUGCGAAAGCUCCUGUGCAUAGUCCUGCUUCAGAAAUCUCCUCUGCAGUAGGUACUUCGGAAGCCGCCGAAACAAUUUCAUCUCUUGCUGUGGAAUCUUCUCUGGAUAAUCUUCCUCUGGAACCUGGCACAGUCGAUUCUGCGGCCUUGAAGUCAUCUGCAGAUGACCAUAAUAUUCUACAGACUGAACUGUUGGAUUCAGCUCAAGGAAGUGGGGCCUCAGAAUCCACCAAGGGUGAUGCUUCCAUGAUAGGUUCCAUUGCGGAGCGGGAAGUGAAAAAGUGGUACAAUGCCGUCGAGAUGCCAAAUAAUCCAUACGCACCGGAGGCCCUGAAGCAGCGCAUCAGUGGCACCCAGGAGCGGUACAUGGAUGUGCCGAACAUCAGUCCCAGUGCCGAGCAGAAAGCUCUGGCAUCGGCUCUAACGGAAAGCACUGACUCUGCCUCCCCACAAACUGAUUACAAGCGCUAUAGUCGCGAUUACUAUAUCAACGAUGCCCCCAAUGGCACUCCUGGAAGUGUAAGGACUAAUGCCACUGCAAGUGCAUCCAUCAAUUCUGAGGAUGCUGAGGACAUUGUGAUCAACGAGGCUCAAACGGCAAACGUGGCUGUCACCGAGCAGGAACAGUCCGAGGAAUCGGUUUUCAAAGCCUUACCAGUUCAGGUCCUGGACGAGUCCUUGGAGACCCAGUCGAAUCCUUCACUGUACUCUGUACAGACAACGAACACAACCACAAGCGAUGAGUCCGAUACGGUGCGCAUCUACGAUUUUAACAAGCAGGAAACUACGGUGAUUCGAGCUACUCCGGCGGAGCAGCAACCGAGCACCUCCACCACAUCGUCGAUGGAGUCGGCCCAGAGUGCUCCGGCUUCGGUUUCCUCCAUCGAUUCGUCCGUCUCCAAGAAGCGGGAGCGACCGGUGGUCUUGCAGUUUGGACCUGGCGACUCUGCUCCCACCGUAGGCUCACCCGUGAGCACUCCCACGCGGGGAUCUACACCGCCUGCGUUUAGAUUUCUGCAGCCCAAGCGGAAACUGAUCGAUCCCAGUCAGGUCUUGUCAGUAGAUGAAGAUGAUGAGCCUGAUCAGCCAAAAACUCCAGCAGCGGAGAAACCCGUCAUCGAAGACGAAGUGGCUCAUGCCAUGCCAUCUGUGAAAGCUCUUGCCCAGGCAUUCCUCCUGACCAGCAAGCAUACGCAAUAUGAACGUCGAUGGCGGGCCAAGGUCAGAAUAGCUGCACCACCAGAUACCCCCGAUAAGCCAGCCUCUUCACUGGCUAAACGUCACAAACUGGAGCAUGCCGUCUCCAUGGCUGAAGUGGCCGAUGAGGCCACCAUAGCUUCAGAUCUAUCAUCCCUCGAAACCGAUCCAUCCAUUCAUUCGGAGGGCCUGCCGCCAAUCGCAUCGCCAGCUAGUCCAGUUCCCGUGCGACAUGGCUUCCUUCGGAGUAACAUUGCUUUCUUUGAGAAUUUAAAGUUCAAGUAAAUGUGCGAAAAUGGGGAUCUACAAGCGUGCGGCCAUUGUUUGAUCUUCCCUGGAGGGAAAAUAAACGAAAAUGGCGAAGCACUCAGCCCAUAGUCCAUAAUCCAAACCAAAUCUUCGCCAAAAACCAUGUGCCAUGGCCUCUUCAUGCAUUUCCCAGACCGAAAUUACACACACAACAAAGUACUUAACUCCAAUCGGCACUCUGCAGUGUGCCAUUGUUACUUCUAGUUCGUAUUUACUAUUAUAUAAUUCUUAUAUCCAUGGAUACUAUUUAUUUAGCUCUAAGAUAUGUAUUAUGUACUUGUUAGGCCUAAGCGAAACAAUUUCCAAUUUCAGCUAAAAAAUGUUACAUUUCACCCGUUCUAGUUUAAAUAUGUUGUAUAAUUUUACUCAAUAAAACCUAAAGAGACAAAGAA